AUGCCGGAGCCGCGGCGCCCCGCGGAGGGCUGCUCCUGCCGCAACACCAACUGCGUGGAGCGGCCCCUGAGGCGGCUCUUCGAAGGGCUGGGGAGCGUCGUGGCCGCCUGCCCCUGGCCCUUCGUGCUGGUGCCGCUGCUGGUGUCGGGGGGCCUGGGCGCCGGCUUUCUCUUCCUGCCGCAGCGGCAGGCGAACGACAUCGAGGCACAGUUCACGCCGACGUGGGGGCCCGCCAAGGCCGAGCGCGACUUCGUGCAGCGGCACUUCCUCGCCGACUCGGAGCACUUCUCCGCCCCGCGGUUGCCCACCGAGGGCGCCUACGCCGCCCUCAUCGCCGUGGCGAUGGAGUCCUCGGUCCUGGCCCCGGCGGCGUGGAAAGAGGUGCUGCUGCUGGACGCGGCAGUGCGCGCCCGCGGCUACAGGAAGCUCUGCGCCCGCAGCUGGGGCGAAUGCGACAGCCCCGACCGGCUGCUGCAGCUGCUGGUCCGUGCGGUGGCGGCCGACCUGAAGAACCUCACCUUCCCCGUCAGCGACGGCAUGUUCCUGGGGGCCGCGCUGGGCGGCGUGCAGACGAACGCCAGCGGGUGGGUGCUGUCGGCGCGGGCCCUGAAGCUGGUGUAUUACCUGCGGGAGGACGGCCCCGCGGCGGCGGAGAGCCAGCGGUGGCUGGAAGCCUUCCUGCAGGACAUCCCCUCGCAGCUGGCGGCAUUUAAAUUCACCUAUAUUAAGGUGACUUACUUUACCUCGCUGUCCAGACAACAGGAGUUUGAAGGAAAUACCGAAAGCGUGAUCCCGCUCUUCUCCAUAACGUAUUUCUUGACAAUAACCUUUUCAGUCGUCUCUUGCCUAAGGCUGAGCUGUAUAAGAAAUAAUAUCUGGCUUGCAUGCUGUGGAGUGGUUUCUGCCGGUUUAGCUGUAUUAAGCAGCUUUGGAUUGAUGCUCUUCUGUGGAGUGCCAUUUGUGGUCACUGUGGCAAAUGCACCAUUUCUUAUUCUAGGAGUUGGUGUUGAUGACAUGUUCAUCAUGAUCGCUUCCUGGGAACAAAGUUCAAGAAAAAAAGAGAAAUCCGAUGUUAAAUCUCGGUUGGCCGAGACUUACGCAGAAGCAGCACUUUCUGUGACCAUCACCACUCUCACAGAUGUUUUGGCCUUCUUCAUUGGCACCUGGACUGCUUUUCCAUCCGUGAGAUCAUUUUGUCUCUAUACAGGCACUGCUUUUGUCUUCUGCUAUUUAUAUACCAUUACCUUCUUUGGGGCAAUUAUUGUAUUAAAUCACAAAAGGGAGCAAGGAAACCGACACUGGCUAACUUGCAUGCCUGUGGGAGUAGAUACAGAUCAGGCUGAGAAGUCCUGCUUGUACAAUGCUUGCUGUAUAGGCAGCUGUUCUAGGCAGUCAUCUCAGCCAGAAGGUGAACAUCCAAUGAGCAUAUUCUUUAAAAAGUAUUAUGGUCCCUUUUUUACAAAUAAAUGGAUCAAGCUACUUGUGGUGUUGCUGUACGGAGCAUAUUUGGGUGGCAGUAUUUAUGGAUGUACUCAGAUCAGGGAAGGCAUCGAUCUUCGAAAUCUGGCGAGUGAUGACUCUUACAUUAUUCCAUACUAUGAUGAUGAAGACAAAUACUUCUCAGCAUAUGGACCCAGGGUCAUGGUUGUCAUUACUGAAAGCGUAGAUUACUGGAAUGAGACUGUUCGUCUUGGCAUUGAGAACUGCACACAGAAUUUAGAGGGCAUAUCCUAUGUAGAUAAGAACCUCUCAGAGUCAUGGCUGAGAGAAUACACAAAACUCGCUGAAAAUUAUUUCAUAAAUAUAAACAAUAGGUCUCUUUUCAUUAGUAACUUAUCUACACUCUUCCAAAUUGUUCCCAGUUUUGAGUGGGACAUUAACAAGACUCAGGAUAAAAUAGAAGCUUCACGUUUCUUCAUCCAGACGGUCAAUGUGACCUCAGCUGUUGAUGAGAAGAAUCUUCUCAAUCAGUUAAGAGAGACAGCCAAGCAGUGCAAUAUUCCAUUAAUGGUGUACCACCCAGCAUUCAUAUACUACGACCAGUAUUUGGUAAUAGUGCAGAACACCAUUCAGAAUGUUGUCAUUGCUGCCGGGGCAAUGCUUGUUGUCUCACUUUUGCUAAUUCCCAACCCGUUGUGUUGCUUGUGGGUGACUUUUGCUAUAGCUUCUGUUAUAGUUGGUGUUGCUGGUUUCAUGACAUUUUGGAACGUCAAUCUAGAUUCCAUAUCCAUGAUCAACCUGGUCAUUUGUAUAGGGUUUUCAGUAGAUUUUUCUGCUCAUAUUUCCUAUGCCUUUGUUACAAGUGGAGAGUCAUCAGCCAAUAAAAGGGCAAUCGAAGCUCUGGCCCUGCUAGGUUACCCAGUAUUACAAGGUGCAGUUUCUACUAUAUUAGGAGUAGUUGUCCUGGCUGCAGCAAAAACGUAUAUUUUUAGGACAUUUUUCAAGAUCAUGUUGCUUGUUAUUUUGUUUGGGGCUCUUCACGGUCUUGUUUUUAUUCCAGUGUUUUUAACCUUUUUUGGAAACUUUGGCAGAUCACCCCAGAACACCAAAUCUAAAAAGCUAGAGUUUAGGUUUAGAAAUGAUAAAGAUUGUCCAUGA